AUGGAUUGGAUAAUAUCAGAUGAGUUAGGGCUCACUGUUGGCCACCUGGUCGGCUGGGGCGCAGCUGGUGCUAUGAUUAUCGGUGGAGUCGCACCGUAUAUUCCCCAAUAUAGGCAAAUAAAAAGGACACAAGACGCAGAGGGCUUUUCUCUUUAUGUUUGUUUAACACUUUUAAUAGCUAAUACAUUGCGUAUAUUAUUUUGGUUUGGUAAAAGAUAUGAGCUACCCUUGUUGAUACAGAGUAUUGUGAUGAACAUAACUAUGUUUGUAAUGAUCCAUCUGUGUGUCAAUGUUCGUAAAAAAAAUCAAAUAAUAAGAGCAAGAGAAAGAAUAUUUACAGGUGCAAUAUUCAUGUUAUAUAUACUAUUGUGUUGUGUAAAUGGAUCAGCUCAGCCAGAUGAAACUGCGCGCUGGUUGGAUCAGCGUAGCAGCAUUACGGGAAGGGAGAAACCCCAUCGUUUCUAUGAUAUGGACAGAAAGUAUUUCUGGGCCUGGACAGACUUCCAAAGCUACCUAGACUGUAUGUUAGUAUUCUCCGUGCUCGGUGCAGCAAUCACAUAUCUACUGAUAGAGUUCUCCCCGUUCGUUGAGCUCAUCGGGUUCCUCGCGGUCUUCACUGAGGCGAUGCUCGGGGCGCCUCAGAUCACGAAGAAUAUUCAAAAUAAGAGCACCGAAGGAAUGAGUUUGAGUAUGGUGAUCAUGUGGACCUUCGGUGAUAUAUUCAAGACAGCAUAUUUUGUAAUCCGCGAAGCUCCGACUCAAUUCUGGGUGUGUGGCAGCUUACAAGUCGCCUUAGAUGUUAUCAUUCUUUUUCAAGUGUGGCUGUACCGGCACAACACCGCGGCGGCGCGGCGCCUGCGUCGGGGAGAU